AUGAAAACAUUAACUUUUUAUUUAAAAGUUACUACAUUCCUUCUUUUAAUUUGGAUGCAUCAAUGUUUUUAUAACUGUGAUUCCUAUAAAACUUUGAUUGAUAAAAAUAUAUUGCAAAAAAAAAAUGAGUUGAAAUAUGAAAGAGUUUUAGCAGAGGGUAACAUAUCAGGAAAAAAGCAAACAUACACUAAAGAAUGCAUAGAAGAAAGUCCAUUAGGUAAUAAAGAAAAAAAAUGUGAAAAUCCGGUUCAAUACAAGGAUCCGUACGAUCAAUGGAAUGAGGUCAUUAUUCCAAAAUAUUGGGAGAGAUUUGAUAAAGAAACAAGUGGAAUGGACUCUAAAUGGAAAGAAAAAAAAUGGAAUGUUGAAUUUAAUAAAAUUUCAUCUACGAAGGUUAAUGAUCUAUAUUUAAUUCCUCGUCGAUGUGAUAUUCCAGAUGAAGAAAAAAACAAAAAAAUUGAAAGUAUUAUGAAAGAACUUGACUCAGAUUUUGAGAUAUUUUUACGUGAAUGUAAGAAAGAGAUGACAGAUAAUAAAACAGCAUCCGAAUCUAAGAAAGAGAUGACAGACAAUAAAACAGCAUACGAAUUUAAGAAAGAGAUGACAGACAAUAAAACAGAAUCCGAAUCUAAGAAAGACAUGACAGAUAAUAAAACAGAAUCCGAAUCUAACAAAGAGAUGAGAGAAAAUAAAGCAGAAUCCGAAUCUAAGAAAGAUAAGAUAAAAAAAAUAAUAAAUUCUAUGAAAUUUGAUUUAAUGAAAUAUGUAAUUUUUCAUAGGAUUGAAAAUAUUUACCCUGAUAAAAAAUAA